GAAUGAAGUACUGUAGAUAUGCGUGCGUGUGUGCUGUUCCUUUCACGUUGUAAAAAACCUUCAAUAAAAACGUCAUAAAGUGAUCCAUCGAUGUAGUCAAACUGAAUUUCUUGAAAGUCUGAUUUUCUAAGUACCCAGUAAUUGUAAUGUUAUUUAUUAUUUAAUUUAAAUGUUAGUGCGGGUUUUACCAAGCAUCGGUAAAUGUGGGAUGUAAAACAGCUGAUUGUAUGCAUUAGAUAGUUCUGGAGAGCUGCAUCAGUUGAUAUGAUUUCUUUAACAUCUUAUUUCUCUCGUAUAUUCACUUUCUGUGUCAUUGUCCUCGUUGCCAUUUCGACAGUUCGACCUGAACGUUUGUACAGUUGUACAGAAAAACAACGAUACGAUGGAUGGUUCAAUAACUUAGCUCAUCCGGACUGGGGCUCUGUUGAGUCUCACCUCAUUCGCAGAGCCCCCUCUGCUUACUCAGAUGGAGUCUAUAUGUUAGCGGGUCAGAACCGGCCCAGCCCAAGGAAACUAAGUCGAUUAUUUAUGCGAGGCUUAGAUGGCUUAGGUUCUAUGAGUAACAGAACAGCUCUUUUGGCAUUCUUCGGACAAAUGGUCACCUCUGAGGUGGUGAUGGCCAGCGAAAGUGGCUGUCCUAUAGAAAUGCACCAUAUCGAAAUCGAAAAAUGUGAUGACGUUUAUGAUAAAGAAUGCAGAGGAGACAAAUACAUCCCUUUCCACCGUGCAGGCUACGACAGAAAAACAGGCCAAAGUCCCAACAGUCCCAGAGAGCAGUUGAAUCAAGUGUCGAGUUGGAUAGAUGGUAGUUUCAUAUACAGUACCAGCGAGCCGUGGGUUAAUACCAUGAGGUCGUUUCGCAAUGGUACCUUUUUAACAGACGCCUCAGGCAAAAUGCCGGUUCGAAAUUCGAUGAGAGUACCACUUUUCAAUAACCCUGUUCCACAUGUCAUGAAAAUGUUAAGUACUGAGAGGUUAUUCCUACUGGGAGAUCCCCGGACGAACCAAAAUCCUGCUUUACUGACUAUAAGUAUUUUAUUUUUUCGAUGGCACAAUGUUGUCGCUGAAAGAGUUCAAAAGGAGCAUCCGGACUGGAGUGAUGAAGAUGUUUUUCAGAGAACGCGGAGAAUCGUUGUCGCCACUCUUCAAAACAUUAUAGCGUAUGAGUACAUACCCGCGUUUUUGGGUCAAGCGCUACCAGAAUAUACAGGAUACAAACAAGAUGUACAUCCGGGUAUUACGCAUGUGUUUCAGAGUGCAGCCUUUAGAUUUGGACACUCUUUAAUACCUCCUGGACUGUUUAGAAGAGAUGGUGAAUGCAAUUAUGAAGAAGCACCUAUGGGAUUACGAUUGUGUGCCACGUGGUGGGACUCUAAUGACGUUUUGGUCAGUCACUCUUUAGAAAAACUUUUGAUGGGAAUGACGUCACAACUGGGUGAAAGAGAGGACUCGGUCCUAUGUUCCGACGUAAGAGACAAACUCUUCGGUCCUAUGGAAUUUUCAAGAAGAGAUCUCGGUGCUUUGAAUAUCAUGCGAGGUCGCGAUAACGGAUUACCAGAUUACAACACCGUAAGAUCUUACUACAAUUUGCCAAAAAUAGAAAAAUGGACCGACAUUAAUCCGAAAUUAUUCGAAGAAAAACCAGAAUUACUAAGAGCACUGGUUUCUGUUUACUCGAAUAAUUUGAAUAAUGUCGAUGUUUACGUCGGAGGUAUGUUGGAAAGUUAUGGAAGUCCUGGUGAACUUUUUACAACUGUGAUUAAAGAACAGUUUGCCCGUUUACGUGACGCUGACAGAUUUUGGUUUGAGAACGAGGCUAAUGGUAUUUUUACAAAGGAAGAAAUUGAAAUUAUUAGAAAAAUUACACUGUGGGAUGUUAUUGUUAAUAGUACAGAUAUACAGCCGCAUUACAUUCAAAAAAAUGUCUUCUUUUGGAUGAAAGGCGAUCCAUGUCCACAACCUAUGCAGCUGAAUGCUUCUUUGAUGGAACCUUGUAAAAUCUUAAAUGGAUACGACUACUUUGAGGGCAAUGAACUGGUUUACAUUUACGCCUGCGUUUUUCUCGGCUUUGUGCCAAUACUUUGUGCCGGAGCCGGCUACGGAGUUGUCAAAUUGCAAAACAGAAGACGAAGGAGACUAAAAAUCAAACAAGAAGAACUGCGAAAUUGCGUAGAAGGCAAAUUACCAGUGGACACAAUGAUCGUCCAAGAGUGGCUCCACGCCAACCACAAAAGACUAGUUAAAGUAAAAUUCGGCCCAGAAAUAGCUAUCCACAUUAUUGGAAGAAAGGGGGAAAAGCUGCGUACGGUUAGCUUCAAAAACACCGAUUCGAUUUACGUAGAAGAAUCUGUAGAGCUCACAAAUCAUAAAAAACCGAUGGUUUUAAUUAGAGUUCCUCGAGAUCAUGAUUUGGUGAUCGAACUAGAUUCAAUAGGUUCUCGAAAGAAGUUCCUAACAAAAUUGGAACUGUUUUUAAGUUCCAAUAAAAAAACUUUGAUCAUCACACAGGUUGUGCGAGAGCUUAUGUUAGCAAAAGCCGAAACCAGCGAACGUAGACAGAAGAAACUCGAGCACUUCUUCCGGGAAGCUUAUGCUUUAACAUUUGGUCUUCGACCUGGUGAACGCCGUCGAAGAUCCGAUGCUAGUGUCGACGGUGAAGUGGUGACUGUUAUGAGAACCUCUUUAACCAAAAGUGAGUUCGCAAGUGCUCUAGGCAUGAAACACGAUGCAGUUUUCGUGAAAAAGAUGUUCAAUAUAGUGGAUAAAGACGGCGAUGGGAGAAUAUCGUUUCAAGAAUUUUUAGACACAGUAGUUCUGUUUUCGCGAGGCAAAACAGACGAUAAGUUACGUAUUAUUUUUGAUAUGUGUGAUAACGAUGGUAACGGAGUCAUUGAUAAAGAAGAACUUUCCGAAAUGUUAAGAUCAUUGGUUGAAAUCGCACGAACUACAAGCUUAAGCGACGACCAUGUGACUGAAUUGAUUGAAGGAAUGUUCCAGGAUGCAGGACUUCAACAUAAACACUUUUUGACCUAUAGCGAUUUUAAAGAGAUGAUGAAGGAAUAUAAAGGCGAGUUUGUCGCCAUCGGACUGGAUUGUAAAGGUGCGAAACAAAACUUUUUGGAUACUUCAACUAAUGUUGCUAGAAUGACAAGUUUCCACAUUGAGCCAACGAUAGAUUCCGAAAAAAGUUACAUCGAACUCAAGUGGGAUUCUUUAACAACGUUUUUAGAAGAGAACCGACAGAACAUAUUCUAUUUAUUCAUUUUUUACGUCAUCACGAUAGCUUUAUUCGUUGAAAGGUUUAUUCAUUACUCAUUUAUGGCGGAACACACCGACUUACGUCACAUUAUGGGUGUUGGAAUUGCAAUAACAAGAGGCUCGGCGGCCUCUUUGUCGUUCUGUUACAGUAUUUUAUUGUUAACAAUGUCCCGGAACCUUCUUACAAAACUUAAAGAAUUUUCAAUACAACAAUACAUCCCUUUAGAUACGCACAUCCAAUUUCAUAAAAUUGCAGCGUGUACAGCUUUGUUCUUUUCGCUGUUGCACACAGUUGGACACAUUGUCAACUUUUACCACGUGUCCACUCAACCGAUUGAAAAUUUAAAGUGUCUCACCAACGAAGUCAGUUUUCCUUCUGAUUACAAACCAGGAAUUACGUUUUGGUUGUUCCAAACAAUAACAGGUCUGACCGGAGUUUUGCUUUUUGUUACAAUGAGUAUUAUCAUAGUGUUUGCCCAUCCCACGAUUCGGAAAAAAGCCUACAAUUUCUUCUGGGCCACUCACAAUCUUUACAUUCUUUUGUACAUAUUGUGCCUGAUUCAUGGCCUAGCUAGGUUAACCGGAGCUCCACGAUUUUGGAUAUUCUUUAUUGGACCCGGAAUUGUCUACACUUUAGACAAGGUUGUCAGUUUGAGGACUAAAUACAUACCUUUAGACGUUAUAGAAACAGAGUUGUUACCAUCGGAUGUUAUUAAGAUAAAGUUCUACAGGCCUCCAAAUCUGAAGUAUCUUUCUGGUCAGUGGGUUCGCUUAGCAUGUACGGCUUUCAAAAGUCGUGAAUUUCAUUCAUUUACCUUAACGUCAGCACCACAUGAAAAUUUUUUGUCGUGCCAUAUCAAGGCCCAAGGUCCUUGGACUUGGAAAUUGAGAAAUUACUUUGACCCUUCUAAUUACAACCCGGAAGAUCAACCGAAGAUAUUGUUGGAAGGACCUUUCGGAGGAGGUAAUCAAGACUGGUACAAGUUCGAAGUGGCCGUGAUGGUGGGAGGCGGAAUUGGGGUGACCCCGUAUGCGUCUAUUUUGAACGAUCUAGUUUUUGGUACUUCAACUAACAGAUAUUCGGGGGUUGCUUGCAAAAAAGUUUACUUUUUGUGGAUAUGUCCUUCCCACAAACACUUUGAAUGGUUUAUUGACGUUCUCCGGGAUGUCGAAAAAAAGGAUGUUACUAAUGUCUUGGAGAUCCAUAUAUUCAUUACACAAUUCUUCCACAAGUUUGAUUUGCGAACGACGAUGUUGUACAUUUGCGAGAAUCACUUCCAAAGACUUUCGAAAACGUCCAUAUUCACCGGAUUGAAAGCGGUUAAUCACUUUGGAAGACCGGAUAUGACCUCUUUCUUAAAAUUUGUGCAAAAAAGACACAGUUAUGUCAGUAAAAUCGGUGUGUUUAGCUGCGGGCCCAGACCUUUAACAAAGAGUGUGAUGUCGGCGUGUGAGGAUGUCAACAAAGGGAGGAAACUGCCAUACUUCAUCCACCAUUUCGAAAAUUUCGGCUGAUAAGCUAGUAGCUUCUAGUUAUCAAUAACAUGUGAUGUUAGUGCAAUUCAUGCUGUACAUAGUUAUGUAUAUAUAACACUGCAAGCUGUGUGUAUUUAGCUCAAUUUAUAAUUUAUAUACCGGUUGUAAUA